AACAGACAUUAAUCUGUCCGAAAAUAAAGGCAACGCCCAGAAGUUAAAAAUGAAUCUUCCGUCCGUGUCCAUUUUACCAGUUUUGUUAAACAUUCUAUUUUCUCAACGUGACCAGCAAUACCACAAUUCAUUCAUCGGGAUACAUGCUAUAAAUUUAUUGACUGGACUCUCUACGCUAUUUCCAAACGAGAAAGUUGCCUGUCUCAACACAUUUGGAUAUAAAUUAAUGUUUUUCUUUCAUCCAGAAUCUGCAAAGGAAGUGUUAAAAGGCAAUAGUUUAAUUAAUAAGGAUUCUACAUAUGAUUUCUUCAAGCCACUUCUCGGAGAAAAUAGUAUUCUGUACAGUUCUGGUGAUAAUUGGAGAAGAAGAAGAAAAUAUUUAGCUCCACAUUUUCAUCUUUGGAAUGUGAAAGAUGAUCAAAAUGUAUUUAUGGAGCAUUCAAACGUCUUAGUGGAAAAACUCAAACAAUUGCAAAAGAAUGAAAUAUUCGAUAUUCUGGAAUGGAUGAAAUAUUGCACUCUCGAUAUAAUUGCAGACAUAGCAGUAGGAGUUUCUCUACAUUCUCAGACUACAGACGAUCAAGAAUAUGUGUCCGCAAUGCACAGAAUUCUGAAAAUUUUACCUGAAUGGAUAGCAAAUCCAAUGUACUGGUUUUUUCCAAUUUUCUUUACGACUAAAAUAGGAAAAAAUUACAAGAGGGACGUAGAAAUAAUUCAUCGUUUCGACGAAAUGGUGUUCAAGAGAAAAAAAGAAAAUUUUAUGAAAAAAAUGCAGCAGCAACAUUUCUUAAACAAAGAUGCACGACAUGAAGAGGAACCAAAGAGGAUAGCAAAACAACGUCUUAUCGAUUCCCUGUUAGAUCUUCAUGUUAAACAAGGUUUAAUAUCGGAAAAAGACGUUAUUAGAGAUAUGGAAGGCUUUAUUUUUGCGGGUUACGAUACAACCUCCCACGCCAUGUCAUGGACUCUUUAUUUUUUGGGAAGAUUCCACGAAAUACAAGAGAAAGUGUAUCUAGAAUUGCAAGAAAUUUUCAUAAACGAUAUGAAUAGGGAUAUUACUAUCGAUGACCUGACGAAAAUGACGUACUUAGAAUGCGUAAUUAAGGAGUCGAUGAGAAUCUAUCCUCCAACUCCUUUUAUUGGAAGAAAAAAUUCCUCGGAAAUGAAAAUAAGUAAUUACGUGUUGCCUGCAAAUUCCACUCUUUUCAUAAACAUCUAUGGCAUCCAUCAUAAUCCUUCUGUUUACGAAAAUCCCGAAGUGUUCGAUGCAGACCGUUUCCUGCCUGAAAACUAUAAAAAUCUUCAUCCUUAUGCAUUUCUGGCAUUUUCUGCCGGGCCACGAAAUUGUCUCGGAAGUAAACUUGCCAUGAUUGAAAUGAAAAUGGUUUUGGCAAAUGUUCUUCGUAAUUUUAAAGUUUACUCUUUGGAUCCUCAGGACAAAAUCGUUAUUUCAUACGCAGUUAUGUUGACCCCCAUACCGGGUAUAAGAAUGCGUGUAGAAAAAAGACGAAUGUUGUAAGAUAUUAACUAAUAUGCAUAGUACGUUUGGGUAAUUUUUGUUUCAAAUAUAUAUCAAUAUUAACAUUGGCCUAUAUCACAUAAUCUCGGCGAAUGAAUUUAGAAACUGUAUCGAAACAAUUAUACUUUUAUUCAACAUUACUCAUUUAUUGUAUUUCAUAUUAAAUU